AAACAAGUAGUAUGUGAGCUGUACUUCCGACGCUUGUUAAAUCUGGUGAGGUUUGGCACUGUUAAAUAGGUCUGCGCUGAAAGAAAAGCACUUUCUCCAAGAUGGGAGGUUGGGUUUCUCGGUGGAGGGCAAAGCCAACCACUGUGGAUGUUUUGGAGGGACUUGAUAAGAAUAUCCAAACUCUGGAGGAACACAGAGAAAAGACUCAAAAGCAGCUGAAAUUAUGGGUUUACAGAUUAAUUCUAUAUUCAAGCCUUCUGUACUUCAUGGCCUGCACAGUUGUUUAUAGCUGGUACAUCCCAGAACAAUUAAUGGGAAAACUCAUAGUGGCAUCACCUUUUUUAAUAUUUCCACCACUGGUAUGGCUUCUAAGGAAAUUACUGAUUGCAUUACAUUCAAGAAGAACAGAAAGAAAUGAUGAAAAAUUAGAAGAAUUGAAAUCUGAAAAGAAGAGAAUUCUGGAGCAGGUGAUGGAAACGGAAACCUACAAAAAUGCCAAGCUGAUUCUAGAACGAUUUGAUCCAGACUCCAAGAAAAAAAUUGAGCUGGAAGAAACACCUGUCAGACCAUCUAUGACUCCUCGACCAGGUCAAGAGCUUCGUCAGAGGCUUGUGACUCCUCGUGCUCCUGUUGCUUUGACUCCGAACUCAGCAGCAGCACGUCCUCCUUCCGCCCCAGCUGCCCCUCCUGCUCUGAUCUCCGCCCCUGGUGGGCCUCCAGAGAGGGGCCUGUCUGCUUCUGCCCAACACCACAUCCUGCUGAGGAGAAGUGCCACCCCCACAGGAACCCCUGUCCCUGGCAUGGGAAUGCAUCCUCCUGGUCCACCCUUGGCUCGGCCUAUUUUGCCUCGGGAAAGAGGAGCUUUGGACAAGGUCAUUGAGUACUUAGUGGGUGAUGGGCCACAGAACAGAUAUGCCCUUGUAUGCCAGCAGUGUCUGUCUCAUAAUGGUAUGGCAUUAAAGGAGGAAUUUGAAUACAUUGCAUUCAGAUGUGCCUACUGCUACUUCCUGAAUCCUGCCAGGAAGACACGCCCACAGGCCCCUCAUCUUCUUGAAUUUGUUGAAGCCAAGAUGAGCUUAGGACCCUCUGAUACUGCCCUGGAGACAGACCAGGGUGUACCCGCCUCUUUUCCCGAUAAAUCUGAGGCCGUCGAUCCUGUAGAGGUGUCAGAGCCCAAAGAAGAGCAGACAUCAGAAAUCCAGUCAGAUGGGAAUAAAUUGGGAGUUCCAGAAUCUGCCACAAAACUGGAGGAUAUUGCUGACAUUGCUGACAAAUCGGACAAUGAACACGAAGUUUCGGCGAUGGAGGUGGAAUAAUGUGAGGUUUUGUGAAUGUGUUCAGUCACUCCACAAUGUGUUCAAUCACCGCAUAUUUAAAGUGUGUAUGAGAAUGCAUUCGGUGUGUAGGCUUGAGUUUUUGAUUUAACUUCGUUUGGAUAGCUCGGUCUCUUUAGGUAUUGUGAAUAUACUGUUAUAAUCUGGAGGUAAUGUUUAAUAAUGGUUAAAGAUACUAAAGCCAGUGGUUAGGUUCUUCAGGGAUUUUCUUUAGGCUGACUCUGUUCAAAACGUUAUUUUUAUGUUCAAGUAGCCAUAAAAUUGUUUCUUUGUAAACUUAGUUUACAUGUUUUUUUUUUAGAAUGCACUUCUGUCGAACAGCAUGAAAUGAAUUCACAGAGCAGUUCAACUCCCUCAUACGUGUUCAUACGUGUUCGUCUUUUGACUGUAGAAAUCAUAGAGCUUUUUAUUUUAACAUCACAUUAGUACUGUUUGUAACUGAAUGUAUUUAAUGUACGGUUUUUCUAUGAGUACAGCAAUGCAAUAAGAAGCUGCUUUAGUCUGUUACUAAGAAAUAUUCCUCAUAUUUUUGUAUCUUUAUUACAGUGCCUCCUUUGAAAGUGUCGGGUCGGUUUAUAGGUUUUUAAACACAUGCAGCGAAAUCUGUUUCAUGUUUACACAAACUAUCAUUGGAAAAUGCUGAAAUAUUUAUUUCUUUAUGGAACAUAGAGCAGUAUUAUAAAUGUAUGUGCCUUUCUAUAUUAUAUUUCUCUAAACAAUAAAUAUAAGCUAUUUAA